AUGAGUGCCAGUCUGCAAUCUCUCGAGAUCCCUGGCAUACGUUUCGAUCACGCGCAUCUCCCUGUGGACCUCUCCUUUCCUCAUUUACGGCAUCUCCUGCUCAGUAUAUGCGGCUUCAAUGGCGUCACAAGACCGAAUGGAAUCGACCGUGAAGCUGAGCGUAGGAAUGUGGGACAGCUGCUCCGUUCGGUAGCGGGUCACCUGGAAUCGCUCGAAAUCUCAGGGGAUCUCAUGCCAGAGGACUUUCUUGAGCUCGAGUGGCCCCGGUUACGCAGCUUCACGGCGAGAGAGCAUACGCCCUCCCCGUAUAUGUUGACCCACGCGCUCUUGUCCAAGAUGCCACUCCUCCGGGAACUUGCACUCCUCUACGCCGCAGAAAUCACUGGCGGUCCCGCCGAGCUUCAUCCGCCGUUUCCCUAUGCUACCGAUCGCGACCUGACGCUCUCGUCGCUUUGUCCUUACCUGACAUCCGUCGUCAUCUCCAACGUCCGUGCAGAUGAUCCUAUUCUCGCUCUACUGCCCACGAGCCUUCACACUCUUCGCAUCGUGGCUGAGCGGGACUCGUAUCGUGUCGAGCAUCCUCGCCUCUAUCCUGAGGGUGGCCAGUUCGCGUUGACGAACGCCAGUGCCACCGAGGCUUUAAUCCUUAGGAUUCUUUCUGCUCUCCAACGGUUCACGAAUCUGUACACGGUGAAGAUUUCGCUCGACUUUUUGAAUCUAUCCUGUGGUAUCGACACAUCUCCGGUUGCGCGAUGGCUGCUGGACGGUCUGCCCCAUGUCGACACUGUACACUUCAACUGGGAACGUUGGAGAUCUCCGUAUCUGGGUCUCCAGUGGGUAGGCAGGUACUCCUCUGAUCGCGAAUAUUUGGCGCGUCCACCUCCCCCGAAACACGAUCCAGAGCCGUAUUUUUUUCCGAAAGCAGCAUAG